GAAGAAGACGAUGACGAACAAGGAGAAAGCGCGGGAGAGAAGGGAGAAAAGAAUGCAGGAGAUCUCUCUCCUUCGAACUAUUCCUUACUCUGACCACCAUAGGUGGUGGUCUUCUGAAAAUGUAGCAGUGGUGACCGGUUCAAACCGCGGGAUUGGACUCGAGAUUGCAAGACAGCUUGCGGGUCACGGAUUGACCGUUGUUCUUACAGCCAGAAACGUGGAUACUGGUCUUGAAGCAGUUAAAUCCUUGAGGCGCCAAGAAGAAGGUCUCAAGGUUGAUUUUCAUCAGCUUGAUGUCACGGACUUUUCUUCGAUUAGAGAGUUUGGUUGCUGGAUUAAGCAAACAUUUGGAGGUUUAGAUAUUCUCGUGAAUAAUGCAGGUGUCAACUACAAUCUCGGCUCAGAUAAUUCGGUUGAAUUUGCUGAAACAGUUAUCUCUACUAACUACCAAGGAAUAAAAAACGUGACAAAAGCUAUGAUACCAUUGAUGAGACCAUCUCCUCAUGGCGCUCGUAUCGUCAACGUUAGUUCUCGGCUAGGUAGAGUAAAUGGAAGACGUAAUAGACUGGCAAAUGUAGAGUUGAGAGAUCAGCUAAGCAAUCCGGAUUUGCUGACUGAGGAACUUAUAGACAGAACUGUUUCUAAAUUCAUCAACCAAGUAAAAGACGGAAGUUGGGAAUCAGGCGGGUGGCCUCAGACAUUCACCGACUACUCCAUGUCUAAGCUUGCCGUCAAUGCUUACACGAGACUAAUGGCAAAAGAACUUUCGAGAAGAGGAGAGGAAGAGAAGAUUUAUGUUAACAGCUUUUGUCCUGGUUGGGUGAAAACUGCUAUGACUGGCUACGCCGGAAAUAUGCCACCUGAAGAUGCAGCUGAUACUGGAGUUUGGCUUAGCCUAGUUCUUUCCGAAGAGGCAGUAACCGGAAAAUUCUUUGCAGAGAGACGUGAGAUCAACUUCUGAGGGUUGUUGAAAGUUCCUAAACGUUGGAAUAGAUUGUGUUGUCGUCGUUUAAUGCCAUUGUUUUCAGUCAAAGGUUUACAAAAAUCAAUCCUACUUGGUAAGUUGAUGGUUAUGAGUUAUAUGAUACAAGUGUCAGAUUUGUCACAACUGAGAAAUGUAUAGUUUAAAUAUAAUUAGUCUCUGGUU